AUGCUUCUUAGUGACAUGUGGGACUCUUUGGCCAUCGUGCCUGGUCGUGAUGCUGACAAGAUUCGCAAGGAGAUUGGCGAUGAGUUAUUCAAACAAAAGCGUCACUUAGAUUCCCCCUACGUAAUGCUUCCACAAGAGCAGCCUGAGCGAGACGAUGACUUCAAGGAAUUUCUCACAUUAGAAACAGGUCCCUCGACAUUCACGGUACGCUUCGUAAAAUCCGGACUGCGCAAUCGAGUUAUUGGUAUACGUGAAGUGAAUAAGCGUCCGAAUGAUAUUGACUCGUCCUUCAUGUCUCUUGACGUGCCCAUAACUUCCAAGGAUGUGGAUUUUGUUCGCGGCUCUGUGGCGGCCAAGCCUGCUGUGCCGAGUGGUCUUCAGGAGGCAGCCCUCAUCGCAUCCACGGAUGAUGACCAAUUCAAUGAUGAUGAAGAGCUUCGUACUGUGCCUCCUGGCUUCACACGUGGAUAUAUUGCUGACAUGCCUGUCGACGUCACCAUAAAGGCGCCAGAGUGGCAGGCCGAAUUAGAAGCGCAAGCUCCCACCGAGACGGAGCACACUUUGAUCACAGUGGAAGAUGAUGGUCUCUACGUUCCAUAUGUAUCGCGACCCCCGAAAAAUGACAUGGAAGCCUCAUAUGAUAAGACGCUGGAAGGUGUGACCGGCUUUCCGCGCCUCUUUGAUGAUAUGCCCGAUGUGCAAAAGAAGGAGGAGCGGCGUGAAUGGGCUCACAUAGUCGAGCCAUCGAAAUCGAUGCACAACUUCUCAGAGCUUGUGCCCGAGAUGGCUUACAAGUACCCAUUCGAACUGGAUAACUUUCAGAAGCAGGCCAUCUAUCACUUGGAGCAGGAUGACAUGGUGUUUGUGGCAGCGCACACGUCGGCCGGUAAGACGGUCGUGGCCGAGUAUGCUAUUGCCCUUUCCAUGAAGCAUCUGACGCGUUGUCUUUAUACGUCGCCCAUCAAGGCGCUGUCCAACCAGAAAUUCCGCGAAUUCAAGCAGUCAUUCGGUGCACAAAACGUCGGUAUCAUCACGGGCGAUGUCCAUAUCAAUCCUGAGGCACCAUGCUUGAUUAUGACCACCGAGGUGCUGCGGACUAUGUUGUACCGCUCUGCUACGCUUCUUCGCGAUGUUGAAUACGUGAUUUUCGACGAAGUACAUUACGUGAACGACCAAGAGCGAGGUGUCGUUUGGGAAGAGGUGAUUAUUAUGCUGCCGUCUCAUGUGAACGUGGUGCUGCUGUCCGCCACUGUGCCAAAUGCCAAAGAGUUUGCUGAUUGGGUGGGACGCACGAAGCAGCGCGAUAUCUAUGUGAUCUCGACGUCCAAGCGCCCCGUGCCUCUCGAGCACUUUCUGUACGCAGGGAACGAACUGUACAAAAUUGCUGGCGAAAAUCGUCAAUUUCAGACGGACAAUUUCCAUAAGGCUGUCGAGGCCCUUAAGCCGAAAAAGGAACGUGAAGCAGCUGCCACGGGAAAGCGCGGCGCAGCCCGAGGCGGUCGCGGUGGCCGGGGUGGUGCUGUGAGCCAUUAUCAACCUAAGCUGACGUCUAACAAAUCGCUGUGGGUGAAUUUGGUUGGUAUGCUGCGCAAACGGUCCCUGUUACCGACCGUGGUGUUUGUGUUCUCAAAAAUGCGCUGUGAAGAGUAUGCCGACUCGUUGCCUAAUACGGACCUGUGUACAGCGGCGGAAAAGAGCGAAGUGCAUGUACUUAUUGAGCGGAGUCUCUUACGACUUCGCGAAGAAGAUCGAACGGUGCCACAAAUUACACGGAUGCGUGAUAUGCUGCAUCGGGGUAUUGGCGUACACCACAGUGGUCUUCUCCCGAUCGUAAAGGAACUUGUCGAGUUGCUGUUCCAGCGCGGUGUGGUCAAGGUACUGUUUGCGACUGAGACUUUUGCCAUGGGCGUCAACAUGCCUGCACGCAGCGUGGUAUUCAGCGGUAUUCGUAAGAACGAUGGUACGCAGUUCCGCACGUUACUGCCAGGUGAGUAUACACAAAUGUCCGGUCGCGCUGGUCGUCGUGGUCUGGACAACACGGGUGUCGUGGUGAUUUUGUGCGAUAAGCCAGAGCUAUCGACACUCAACUAUAUGAUUUUGGGCCAGCCUCUUAAGCUCAAGUCCCAGUUCCGCAUUACUUACGGCAUGAUCCUCAACUUACUUCGCAUCGAGACUCUCAGGAUUGAAGAAAUGAUCAAGCGCUCUUUCUCUGAGAAUGCCACACAGCGACUCUUGCCUGACCAGCAAGCGAAACUGAAUGAGCUUGUCUCUCAGGCUGAGCAGCUGGAUGCGACGCUCAAGAACAUGCCGCUGCAACGCGAGGAGGUGGAAGAGGUGUAUGCGUGGACGCAAAGGGCUGUGGAAUGCAGUCAUGCCAUGAUGGCGCUUGUCAUGCAUCAUCCUUUUGGCGCCAAGUGCCUCUCGCCUGGCCGUGUUGUGCUCUUGUUCACAGGCUCAAGCACGAUAUCACCCGCGCUGAUUGUGCGUGCCAGUGAGAAGCAAUUCCUCGUACUGGUCGCGCUUUCUCCUCGUCAUCAGUACAAGCGAACCAGAACGGGCGAGCCUCCCUAUUGGAUCACACCUCACCACAUACAGUCAUGGGACCCCGAGACCGAGCUUGUACCCGAGGUGUGCAAUGUAUCGCCCACGGACAUGGCACUUGUGACGGCACUAGAGGUGGACGGAGUGCCUACCACUGCCAUCCAGUCGCAGCAACCUGCUGCUGUGAAAAAGGGACUGGAGCUGCUUCGGCCCAGCAUUCAACACAUUCGCACGUACCUCGCAGCGACGGGCAACGACAUCACACGCUCUAUCAUCGACCUCGAAGUUGACUGGUCUCGAUUGCGCCGCAUGGACUUUAAAGAUGCUCAGCGCGAGCGUGAUGAGGCCCUAGAUGAGCUAGUAUACGUCCAGCCUCGGGCCUACACUUCGACCUUUAUGGACCAGUAUCGCCUACUGCACAAGCGGCAUAUCCUUGAGCGAGACAUUAGCAAGCUGCGCGCAUCCAUGUCCAUCGAAAACCUAGAGCUGCUGCCUGACUAUCACCAACGCUUCAGUGUGCUUUGUGAGUUGGGCUGUAUUCAGCCAGAUACCUGCAGCAUCACCGUCAAGGGUCAUGUCGCAAGUCAGAUCCGCAGUGCUAACGAGCUCAUUUUGGCCGACUUGAUCAUACGUGAAGUGCUGGUCGAGUACGAGCCCGUAGAGCUCGCAGCGCUCUUGAGCGUGUUCCACUUCCGCGAUAAGACAAGUGUGACACCCGACCUGACGCACCGUGUCCAGGAAGGACUGAAAGAAAUUGGCGAAACGGCCGACCGUAUCGCCAAUGUGCAACUUGCCCACCAACUGCCGGCCGAUGAUGACUCCUCGACUCUGAACGAUGGCCUGGUACAGGUGGUGUACGAAUGGGCCAAUGGCAUGCAGUUCCGCGAUAUCAUGCGGCUCACUGACGUGGGUGAAGGCACGAUUGUUCGCUGUAUUACGCGUCUGGACGAAACCUUCCGUGAAUUGGCUGACUCGGCGCGUGUAUCAGGCGAUGCUGUUCUUCUCGGCAAGAUGGAGACGUGUCGCCAGCUAUGCCGCCGUGAUAUUGUGUUUGCUGCUAGCUUGUACUUUUAG